GGGGAACAGCCAGCCGUAGGAAGAGCAAGCGAGGGCUCGUCCGCCCCGCUCUUCCCGCCGCCAUGUGCCCGGCGUGCAGGUAGGGGAGCAGGCGGACCGGCUCGACUUCGCUUUCCGCCGGCCUCCUUCUCCGGGGGGAGUUGAGCCUCCCGCUCAGUCCGACCGGAUGGAGCCCCGCUUCCAGCCCAAGUGGCUUCUCUACGUUGGGCUCUUCUGGGUCUCCCAAGCCCGGUCUGCGUGGAGCGCCGGGGCGCAGCCCGCGCCAAGCGGGGACCCUCUGCUCCCCAGCAACGGCAGCCGUGCAGGGCCGCGGAAAGGCGAUCCCGCUGCGCCGGCAAGGCAGGAGCCUGGAACUUCAGUUUAUAUCUCUUCAUCUACUACAACAUCCUCAUCCUGGGAAAGAAGCUUUCGUAGUAUGAAAUGUGAAGCAUCCAGUGCAGUCAUGUGUUUUAAUGGAGGUGAAUGUGUGCACAGAGAGCUCUGUGACUGCAGUCGAUUUAAUGCAAGUGGAUCAAGAUGCCAGACAGUGCACAACGCAGGUGCUGAAAGGGAUAACAUAUGCCGAACAUGGGGUCAAUACCAUUUUGAAACCUUUGAUGGACUCUACUAUUAUUUCUCUGGGAAAUCCACAUAUGUACUUGUGAGACAGAAUGAAAUAGAUGAACAGAGUUUCUCUAUACAGAUUAAUAAUGAUCCAGAAUGCAAAUCUUCACCCUAUUCCUGCAAAAGGUCCGUUAGCCUAUUCUUUUCUGGAGAUGAAGAAAUAAAGUUGAGCAGUGAGGUCAUCUACAAAGGAUUUGGAGUUCAGUUACCUCGUGCUAUAGGAAAUGUACACAUCCAAAAACUAGCUGGGUACAUCCUAGUUAGACACCGGUAUGCAUUCACUCUGGCUUGGGAUGGUACAUCUGCAGUCUAUAUAAAGUUGACACCAGACUACUUGGGCAAAACACAUGGGUUAUGCGGGAACAACAAUGCUAUCCUGCAGGAUGAGCUUGAGACUAGUUAUGGAAAAUUGACUGAAGACAUUGCAGAGUUUGUAGAGAGCUGGAGGGAAAAUCGUCCACAGGGCUCACCUGACUGGGAUAACUCUUUUAACUAUGAGCCACCCUGUUUGACCCAAAGCCAAGACUCUUUACAGAAGGCAUAUGCUCUGUGUAAUACACUACUAUGGCCCCCAUUUGAACAAUGUCAUGAUUCUGUGAGUCCUCUUCCUUUCAUGGCCAGUUGCACCAAUGACCUCUGCAUGUCAGCUGCAGAUAAUGCAACUUGGUGUCGAGCAUUAACUGAAUAUGCUAGGGCCUGUGCUCAAGCAGGAAAAGCCCUUCAUGGAUGGCGGACACACUUUCAGCAAUGUGUUAUUACCUGUGAAGAACAUUUAAUCUACAAUGAAUGUAUCGACUGUUGCCCAGUUUCAUGUCAGCAAAAAACACAGUGUAUUGACAGUGAACUUCCCUGUGUCGAUGGAUGCUACUGUCCAGAUGGUCUAAUUUAUGAAAAUGAAUUAUGUGUCAAGCCUACAGAAUGCCCAUGUGAUUAUCAUGGAAAUUCCUAUAGAACGGGCUCUGUGGUUCAUGAGGAGUGCAAUAACUGUACUUGUAUUGGAGGAAAGUGGUCUUGCACAAAUCUUACCUGUCCAGCUGAAUGCUCUGUCUCAGGAGACAUUAACUUCAUGACAUUUGAUGGGCGCAAAUACACUUUCCAAGCUACCUGCCAAUAUAUUUUGGCAAAAAGCCACAGAUCUGGCAAGUUUACAGUGUCUCUGCAAAAUGCUCCUUGUGGACCGAACCAAGAUGGAUCAUGUAUCCAAUCAAUCAAUCUUAUUCUUAAUCAGGAUCCCAAGAGGCAAGUGACUCUGACUCAUUCAGGAGAUGUUUUGAUAUAUGAUCAGUACAAAAUUAGCCUGCCCUAUUCAGAUGAUUCUUUUGAAAUCAGGAAGCUCUCCUCUGUGUUUUUGCAAGUAAAGACCAACAUUGGACUACAGAUACUGUAUGACAGGCAGGGGCUAAGGCUCUAUCUUCAAGUUGAUGACCGAUGGAAGGAUGAUACUGUGGGCCUUUGUGGAACCUUCAAUGGGAACUUGCAGGAUGACUUUUUAUCUCCCGUAGGAGUACCUGAAAGCAGCCCGCAGCUGUUUGGAAACUCCUGGAAAACUUCAUCGGCAUGUGCACCUGGGUAUGACCAUUCACCAGUGGACCCAUGUGAUAUCCACUUACAGGCAGCCUCUUAUGCAGCAGAAGCUUGUAGCAUCGUUACAAAAGAACUCUUUGCUCCUUGCCACACCUAUCUGAGUCCUGUUUCCUAUUUUGAGCAGUGCAGAAGGGACACCUGCAAAUGUGGCCAGAUUUGUUUGUGCUCUGCUUUAGCCAAUUAUGCUCAUCAAUGCCGAAGACAUGGAGUGAUGAUAGAUUUUAGGUCUAGCAUCCCAGACUGUGCUCUUUCAUGUGAGGACACAAAGGAGUACAGUACCUGUGUAUCUACCUGUGGCCAAACUUGCCAAACAUUUUCUAUGCCAGAGACAUGCAGCGGUGAUUGUGUUGAAGGUUGUGCUUGUCCUCUUGGAAUGUAUUUCAACAGCAAGACUGAAAGAUGUGUACAGAGGAAUGAGUGCCCUUGUUAUUUUCAAGGAAUUGAAUAUCCUCCCGGAGAAAAUAUUAUCACCUCUUUGGGCAAAUGCCAUUGCCAAGAUGGAAUGAUGAGUUGUGAGAACAACAUUGUACACAACUGCCCAGCGGGCCAGAUUUAUGUUAACUGUAGUAAUCCACAAGCUAACAUGGAGUUUAGCAGAGAGAGAACCUGUGAGAAUCAGCUGCUAAAUCUCACCUUCUCAGGACAUCUUCCUUGUCUUUCAGGUUGUGUUUGUCCACAAGGCCUUGUUAAACAUGGUGAUGCAUGCUUUGAGCCAGGUGAAUGCCCAUGUUCAUGGAAAGGAAAGGAGUACUUCCCAGGUGACAAAGUCAUUUCUUCCUGUCAUACCUGUAUCUGCCAGCAUGGGUCAUUUCAAUGCAUCUUCCAUCCCUGCCCAUCAAUGUGUACUGCAUAUGGGGAUCGGCAUUACAGGACAUUUGAUGGACUCACAUUUGACUUCAUUGGAGCUUGUAAGGUUCAUCUAGUUAAGAGCACUUCAAUUACUAGUUUUUCAGUCAUUACAGAAAACGUAAACUGCUUUAAUACUGGAAUAAUUUGCAGAAAGUAUAUUUCCAUUAAUGUUGGAAAAUCUUUUCUAACAUUUGAUGACGACACUGGAAAUCCAAGUCCAUCUAGUUACAUAGACAAACUACAAAAAAUACACUUAUGGAAAGCUGGAUUUUUCACACUUGUUCAUUUUCCUAAUGAACACAUCACCAUUCUAUGGGAUCAGAGAACAACUAUUCACAUACAGACUGGACCUCAAUGGCAGGGUGAACUGACUGGAUUAUGUGGAAAUUUUGACUUGAAAACAAUAAAUGAAAUGAGGACUCCAGAAAAUUUUGAGUUAACAAACUCUCAAGAGUUUGGAAGUAGCUGGUCAGCUGUAGAGUGUGUUGACAGCUCUGACAUUCGAAAUCCAUGCAGUUUGAACCCACUUAGAGAGCCAUUUGCCAAGAAGGAAUGUGGGAUACUGUUAAGUGAAAUGUUUGAAGCUUGCCAUCCAGUGGUGGACGUCACCUGGUUUUAUUCAAACUGCUUGACAGACACAUGUGGUUGUAACCAAGGAGGUGAUUGUGAAUGUUUCUGUACAAGUGUAUCGGCGUAUGCACAUCAGUGCUGUCAGCAUGGAGUCAUAGUAGAUUGGAGGUCCCCCAGAGUGUGUCCUUAUGACUGUGAAUAUUUCAAUAAAGUUCUGGGAAAGGGUCCCUACAAACUGGUCAGCUACUUGGAUGGAGAAGUUGCAAUGGCAGCCAAACUAUUGGGUGGCUACGUUUUCCCAGUGAGAGCAGAAGAUUUUGUUCCAGGAGAUGCUGUGAGCUUUAUGCUGACUUCAGGAUGGUAUAAGCCCAAAGCACAUGAUCCCAACUUGGUUUCAUUUGAAACAGCUAACAGACCAAAUUAUUUUCUUCAUUUGGCUUCCAAUGAUACCCUGCUUUUUUCCAAAUGGGAAGAUAGUGAAGAGUUCCGUAACAGAUCAACCUUUGCUGUCCACAAGAACAUGUGGCUCCCAGGAUACAGUUCCUUUGAGUCAUUUGCAAAGCCAGGAUUCUUCAUCCAUCUUUCAGCUUCCUCAGUUGAUCUUUUGAAAUACAAGCAUUCAGAGAAAUUCAGGCUGUCUACUCUUUUUAAACUUGUAGAUUCCAAAUUUAAGUUUCCAGAGCAUUCUACAUGUGAGUGGCGUUAUGAUGCCUGUACAAGCCCUUGUUUCAAAACAUGCAGAAACCCUUUGGGACAAAACUGUCAGGAUAUACCAAAAGUGGAAGGAUGUGUUCCCAUGUGUCCUCUCCAUAUGGUGUUGGAUGAAGUCACUCAAAGAUGCGUGUAUUUUGAAGAUUGCAUUGAGCCUUCAGCUGAUGUUCGACCUUCACCAUCCACUAUGAGAACACCAGCUCUUUCACAUGUAACUUCUAGUGCUUUUAAUGUCUCAGUUGCAGCAGUUCUAAGUAAAGUAGUAACUUCAUCUCUUGUACCUGCACCAAAAGACACAAAAACAACACAUGCUUCAAAGUGGCAAUUGAGUGCAACCACAGAACAAACUAAAUUUUCAACUGUUCUUAUUCCUAAUACAACAGUUUUAACCACAACUAUAUCACCAAAUGUUUCGGCAUAUUCAGCUGGAGCUACAUCAUCUGGCAAAAGCACUAUUGCAAUGUCUGUAUCACCAAAAUCUAAUAUAAGCUUCCCUUCAGUACUUGAUGUUUUUCCAUUGACAACUAUAGCCACUACGGAAAUCUCUACAGGUAUACAAGCAAAGAGUAGUAUCACUGCUAAGGUACUGAGUGUGACAGAGCCUCAGACUGUAACUACAACACAUGCAGUGACUAAAAUCACUGACACAGAAAGCAAACCAAUUUCUACUUUUAUUUUAACUGGAACAUCAUCAAUAAUAAGAGUAACAGAAUCACCAGUCACAACUACAGCAAUAUCGGAAACAUCAGAAAUAGACACUAAGAUAAGUUCCACAGUGGAAACAAAACGAAAACCAGAAAAAACUAUUGCCCCUUCCUUUGUAUCAGCAACAGAACAAACAACCACAUAUUUCACCAAAUACACUAUGUCACCCUCUUUGGAAACCCCUUCUUAUGCACCAACAGCAAAUCAAACAAGAACUUCAGAAGGAACAAAACCAAGUACAAAACAAACUUCUCCUACAAUAGCUAAUGUCACUGAAACUUCAUUUUCUCCUCUGAUCACUACAUUAUUUACACUGAAGCCACCAAUGACUUCCGAAGCAACAAAAGGAACGGUUGGUUUAACCAAAGAGGAAAUAAAGACCACAUUUUUGCCAUUAUUACAUGUAACACAGUCAGUUACUGAAACUUCUAAAUACAUGGUUCAAAACUUGACAGGUACUGCAGGGGUAUUCCUUUCCACAACUCAUGGUGCAAAGAUAGCAACUCUUCAAACUAAAGAGAUGUCGUCAUCAUCAUCAUCCUCAGGAAUAACUGGCUUCCUAUUUACAACUGGUAAAAAAGAAAUAAUACAAGCAACAACAAGUGUGGAGAAGCCAUCAAGUUCAUAUUUUUCUCCAUAUUCACUGUAUUCUAGUUCAGCUACAACUACAAAACCCAGCACUCUUCCUACAAAAAGGCCUUCACUAUCCAAUAUAAGUGCUGCUUCUCCAGCUUUAGUAGAAUCAAAAGAAACUUUGCAAACAGCAUCAACUACUGAAUAUCCACCUUUCAUAGUGCUAAAUAUGACAGAAACCCUGACUACUUUGUACACUGAAUAUCCUGUUUCAUCUCAGACUGCCAGAGUUACUCCUUUGACAACAAAAGUAACAUCUAAAAUAACAGGCCCCUAUGAAUUAUCAGCAAAGCCAACUACAUUCUCACAAAGAACAUCAUCUGAAUACAAAUCACCUCCAUUUCUAAAUACCACAAAGAUGAGCAUUGCACCCUAUACUAUUAGAAUGACAUCAGCAACAAAAACAUCUGCUUUAGCAAAAGAAAUUGUGGAUUUGGUCCCUACAAUUCCAUGGGUAACUAAACAAUUGGAAUCAAUGCAAACAACAUUAGUCACUGAAUCUCCAUAUACUCUUCUUAAUGAGACUGAAACAACAAGGAUGAUUGUCCAUCCUGAUGAAGCACAAACAGAAAAAAUUGCUAGUGUACAUACCAGAAAGCCAACUACAUUUGCUUCAUCACCAGCAAGCUCCCUAACACCUUUCACUACUCUGCUUCCACUAUCCACAUUUAGAAAAAAGAUAUCAACGACAGCCACUAGUUCUAUGAGUACAUCAUCUGAAGCUACUGUUACAAUGACCAUUACUUUAUACCCAAGAACAUCAGUAGUAAAAUCUACCUUUUCAACAGAAGGAAAGACUCCCCAUUUGACAGCCUCAACCUUAUCCACGAUAGAAGAGCAACCAAGUUCAUUAACAUCACCAUCACCUGCGGAACUGCCAGCAAAAGUCACUUUAAAUAUUACUGAUGCCACAUUAUCCCCAUACUCUGAAUUCAGCAGCAGAUUAUUAACUAGUAAAAAAGUGACAGCAGUCAAAGAAAGGUCAACUUUGCUAACUUCUGUUAGACCUCCAUUAACAAAGUCACCUGACAUAUUCCCUACCACUCAGUAUCUGGCAGAGACAUCGGUUUCCCCAUACAUUAUAACACAAAAAAUACCUAAGGAGCCAGCCACUACAAAGCACCCAGUACAGACUGAAACAGUUUCCACAGUCUCAAAGCCUACAGUUAAAACUGUCAGAGAAACAGUAAAACAAACAGCAUCUACAACUCAAAUAUCAUUAAUCAAAGAUUGCUCCUCCUCUGCUACAACUUCAGUAGGAAGUAGAGAGGAGUCUGCUAUACCAUGUUUCACUACCAAAUUGACAAUAGAACAUGUUCCUUCAACUUCCAAAUCUUAUUUGGCAAGCAAAAAAAGUACCACAAUUUACCAGCCUCCAACAGAAAUUUUGACCACCACUGUUCAUCCAAAAGGUCUCGUUAGUACAACAGAAUCUAUAGGAGAAUUCACCACCUUCUACCCAUUCCUAACUACCUCCCGAUCUGCAGUGGAUCUUUCAACGUUAUCUCCUACCUCAGUAGUUCCAGCUAAAGUUCUUUUGACUACUGAAAAAGAGUCAUCCUUAACUGAUGCUGUCUUACUGACUUACGAAUCAGGAACUGCCUCAGCUUUGCAGACAAAACUCCCAACUUCAACCAGAAAAAAAAUGGAUUUGACUGUCAGCACAAGACCCCUCUCUUUUUUAUCAAAAGUAAUUACAACUUCAUCACCAGUAGCUACAAUGAAAAAAGAAUUUCCGUCAUUUCCUACCCAAAAGUCAGAUUCCAGUUUUGAAUCCACAAAGCAGACAGCAGUUACUGAACCACUAGUUUCUAGUCAGACACCUACAGUCUCUGUAGCCAUAUCUCCUUUAUCGAAGUUAACAUCUCCGUCACUUAUUCUAUCGGAAACAUCAGAAACUCCCAUCACAACGAAGAAGGAGUCAUUAGCAGGUGCCCUUUUAACACCAGUGAUCUCAACAGGGUCCACGUCAAUGGGCAAAAGUGCUACAGAGAAGACUGUGGUGUUGUCUAAGCAAGUGCCGUUUUCAACUACUUCCUACAGUUCCACAUUCCAAGCAGGAACAAUGUUACCAGCUACCAGACGUUCUUCGACUGCAACCACAGUUUUAGCACCUUCAUCAGUAAGCAGUGUAACAGCACAAAACAUCACUACAGCAUCAGCUACUUCAGGGAAAACAGCAGCAAUAAGAGAAGCCCUCACCACCUCAUUGUUUUCAGGGAAACCCAUAUAUUUUUCUGUUGCUUCAAAAACAGGAAAAGCCGUCACCUCUGAAACAGCAGAGCCUGCAGGGCCAGUACUGGUUACACAACCACAGUCUCUUCAUACGCCAGGUGUCACAGAUUUCAUCACCCCCACCUUAAAAACAACACAGAUGUUUCAUUCUCCAUAUUUCACAAAUAUAACUGCUGUGCCUCCUAAACUAGGUGUAUCAGUUUUGUCCACCAUAGAUUCAUCCUCUGAGCAAAAAACUGCCUCUUCUAGUGCCACAUCAUCAGGCACCACUGUUCAAACUCCAAAACUUGCAACACUGUCUAUAAGUGAGGUCCACACACCCUCAAAGAGUUUGUUGUUAAUGAUGCCAACCCACUCAAAUGCUACAAUGGCUGCAUCAGUUCCUCCAUUUGCCUAUUUAUCUACCAAACCAUUCUAUGAGUCUGCCACAGAGUAUUCUGGUGGACUAACAACAGCUGAAGCUAUCUCAGGAGUCACAGCAUCAGUUUUCCUGCCAGCUAGAGAAACAGCAACGCUCCAAACUUGUGUACCAAUCACAGAGAAUGAGUGCAUAAAACACAUUUGCUUGGAUGGACAACUAAUCCAAGUUAACAAGUCACAGAACUGCCCUUACAAUGCAACUCAGCCCAGCUGUGGAGUUCUAGGGCUUGCUGUUCAGAUCAAUGGUGACAAAUGCUGCCCAAAAUGGGAAUGUGCAUGUCGUUGUACAUUUUUCUCUGAUCUGAGCUUUGUAACCUUUGAUGGGAAUCAUUUGGCUUUAUUUAAAGAAGCAGCCUACAUUGUUAGCCAAACUCAAGAUGAAACUAUAACCAUCCAUAUUCUUGACUGUAGAAAUACCAACAUGGGUCACUUAAACUUGACUUCAAUGUGCCUGGCAAUGCUGAAUUUAACCUAUUUAUCAAAUCAAAUAAUCGUUGAUCGUUUAAACAGAAAUAUAACUGUAAAUUCAAGAUAUGCCUGGCCUACAGUUAGAAAAUAUGGAUUUAAAAUUGAGGACACUGGCUUCAUGUAUGUAAUUGAGACACCAACAAAUAUCAGGAUUCAGUGGUUUCACAGCACGGGUGUGGUGAUCAUAGAGUCAAAUACAACCAGUGAACCAAAAGCCUUGGGACUAUGUGGUUUCUGUGAUGGAAGCUCAGCAAAUGACCUGAUGCUACCCAACAGAACAAUUUUAAGCAAAACUGAUGCUCCAUCGAAUUUUAUAGACAGCUGGCAGGUGCCAAGCACAUUAAAGUAUGUUGGAGAAGAAAGGCACCAGGAAACUAAUUGUUCAGUCAUGGACUGUUCCAAGUGUUUCAGCUUGGUGUUGAACCAGACCUUCAGUAGCUGUCAUCCUUAUGUUCCACCUGAAUUAUUCUGUGACCUGUGGGUUCAAGAUGUGGAAUACAUUCGGAAUCCUUGUAUAGCACUGGCUGCCUAUGUGGCCAUGUGUAACAAAUUUAAUAUCUGCAUAAAGUGGAGAAGUUCAGAUUACUGCUCCUUUCCCUGCUCAGAAGACACCUCCUACCAGGCCUGUAUAGCUGCCUGUGACAUUCCAAGAACUUGUCAGAAUGGUGAGCCCACUCCCCAGGAUUCAGAGUCCUGCUCAGUGCUGACAGAGGGCUGUGUCUGUUCUGAAGGGACCACUCUUCACCGUGUUCACUCCGGUCUCUGCAUUCCAGAAGAGAAGUGCGCCUGCACAGACAGUUCAGGAGCACCCCACGCAGUAGGGGAGAUUUGGAAAACCUCCCUCAGCGGAUGCUGCAUGCACAAAUGUGUUGACAAUGAGACCAUUAUUCCUGUGGAAUACAACUGCUCAGAUAUUCACAAUGUAGACUGUCAGCGCUUUGGGGAAGUGGCCCUGAUUGUUCCUGAUGAUCAGACCUGUUGUCCUCAAAAGAUCUGUAUUUGUAAUCAGAGCUUUUGUGAAUCCUUUAUCCCUGAAUGUAAGGGCUUGGAAAAGCUAGUCACUUAUUAUCGUGAAGAUUCCUGUUGUCCCAAUUACACUUGUGAAUGUGACCCAUACAAGUGUGAACCAGUGGAGCAGAGUCAGAACUGUCGAGAAGACCAAACUCUGAUUGCUGCUCGUGUGGAGGGGACCUGCUGCAUAUCUUAUAUAUGUGCAUGUGGGAUUUGCUCUGAUCAGAUACCAAAAUGUCAGGAAGGGGAAGUGCUUACUGUGGAUGGCAACACUACGGAUAGAUGUUGCCCUGCAUACCAGUGUGUUUGUGAAACUUAUCGUUGCCAUGAAUUCCAGUGUGCAGUGGGGAUGUCUUUGGUGGAAGUUUGGAGCCCAGAAAAGUGUUGCCCAUAUCGUACAUGUGAGUGUGCAUGUGAUACAAUCGCUAAACCUCAGUGCAAACUGGGGGAGAAACUGCAGAUAGAUGACCAGUUUCAGAACAGCACAGAAAAUGUUUGUGGCUGUAUUAAGUACAAGUGCGCGAGAGACAAGGUGUGUCUGAGUAACAAGAGAGGAGUACUGCGUCCUGGACAGACAAUUGUGGAACACACACGUGAUGGCAUUUGUCAUACUUCUUAUUGUACAAACAUGAUUGAUCCCUCCACCAAAUACUAUUGGAUAAAUAUCUCCUGGAUAAACUGUGUCAUCAAAUGUGAAGCUAAUCAAGUAUAUGAGCCUCCAAAAGAUUUAACAACCUGCUGUGGUCACUGUAAGAAUGUAUCUUGUCUCCACACUUUCAGCAAUGGGACAGUCUCCAAUUUUAAGCCCGGUACUACUUGGAUUUCAAACUGUGUCAAGUAUGACUGCACAGCCACAACAGUAGGACUGGUUUUAAUUACAUCUUCCAUCAGCUGCCCACCCUUUAAUGAAACUGAAUGUGUGAAGAUUGGAGGUUAUGUUGUGCCCUUUCUAGAGGGAUGCUGCAAAACAUGUUCCAGAAUGUCAUUGUUGAUCCCAUUUCCUGUUAGCCCAGUCAUACCUACAGCUAGCGCUCACUGUAACGCAGGUAGGGAAGAUGGGAAAUUUUGUAAAAAGGUGACUGUUAGGAUGACUAUCCGCAAGAAUGACUGCAGAAGUAACACACCAGUAAACAUUGUUUCAUGUGAUGGAAAAUGCCCUUCUGCUAGCAUUUAUAACUACAACAUCAACACAUAUGCAAGAUUCUGCAAAUGCUGCAGGGAACUUGGAUUACAAAGACGAACUGUGCAAUUGUAUUGCAGUGGCAACUCGACAUGGGUCAACUAUUCAAUCCAAGAACCUACAGAUUGUUCUUGCCAAUGGUCUUGAAACAACAUUUUAUAAAAAAAAAAGCAGCCAGUGAGUCCAAUUAUGGAAGAUAUACAAUUAUUCUCAGUAUGAUAAAGAUUUUUUUUUUAUAUCUUGUCCUUAGAAAAUACAGUUAUCCAUCAACUGAAUACUAUAAGUGUUUAAUAUUAAAAAAAAAAGCUAUUUUGGACUCUUCUAUAUUUUGAAAGAAUGGAUUUGCAUCACCCAUUUUUAAAUUAUCUUAAUGAUCACUUCCUAGGAAUCAUCUCAAGAGUUCUCGUGAUAUGUGCCAACAUAAAAAGGAAAGGUAUUUCCUUUGAAAGAGACAAGCAGAGGAACAAUGCUUUAUAUUUUAUUUCUGGAGGUUCGAUCCAUUCUUUGAAAGCUACCCAAUGGUGUUUUAAAUACCUGAUACAUAAGAUGAUCUGGCAAUGGUCUAAGAUCUUGAAUGUGUUACAAUAGUGAAAACACACUUGAUGCAUAUGAAAGAAAAUGAUAUGGAAAAUAUUAGAAGAAUAUUCAGUUUAAAUCGAAUUGAUAUUUCAAAAUAAGGAACUCAUGAGGAAUUAAAUUAUAGACAUUUUAACCAGAGAAACAUUUUCAAUACUGAUAAUUGUAUAUAAUAUUCCCUGGUAAUAAGUUUGAUUUUUCUAAUGUAUUUUACAUCGUAGUGUAAAACCAUUAUGUCAAAUGUGUAAUGUAUAGGAAAUAUAGAUUUUUUUUUAGUUUAUCCUGAUAAGAUAUUGGUAAUAGAUUUAUCCAACAUAUAUACUGUAUGAUGUAAACUGAAAACAUACAAGUUUAUCAAAUGAAAAACACAUUUCCCAUUACAAUUAUAGAGAUGCACUUUAUCUAAACAAACCCUUGCCUUCUAAAGUGCACCAUAUGUUAAAUGUGACUUGUACAGUUUGUUUAGGAGAAUGAACUUUACAUUGAAUCUUAACUUUUUAAAGAACAUGUUAAAUUAUUUUCAUAAACACAAAAGAAAAUCAAAAUUCUAUUUGGUCUCAUGUAUAUUUUAAUAAAGAGAAACAGUUAAAUCAAUAAAAAUUGUUGUAACGAAGGUAACUUCCUAUGUCCAAUGAAUUUUUUAUGUUGCAAAAUGUUCAAAUUGUAAAGUACAGUGUUCACAAACAAAAUUGCUUUUUAAACUUGCAACAACUGAUGAUAUAAUGAAACCAAAUUUUUUGUUAACCAACCCUCACCACAACCAUGCCAUCUGAAUGCAGCAAAAUUCCAAUUGCUUUAAUUUUAAGAAGUAAAGCUACAUGAGCAUCUAAGAUUUUAAUCUUAGGAACCUAAAAAUAGAAGUGUGUUGCAUAAUAAAUUGUAAAAAGCUGUUUUUCUGCAGUUAAUCCAAAGAAGAAUGUUUUGUUAAAAUCAAUCACAUGAACAUUUUUGCUAUUAACAUUUUUAUAUACUGUACAUGUCAUUCCUAUAACAUCUAAUAAACAACAGGAAGGCUUAUUUUGUUACAA